GGGCGGUGCUCGCGCUCCGGGCCUCGCGGCUCCCGCAGCCCGGCUCCCCCGCCUUCGGAGCCCAGUGCCGCCGCCAUGUCUUCCGGGGCCAGCGUGAACGCCCUGCAGCGCCUGGUGGAGCAGCUCAAGCUGGAGGCCGGCGUGGAGAGAAUCAAGGUCUCGCAGGCAGCUGCAGAGCUUCAACAGUACUGCAUGCAGAAUGCCUGCAAGGAUGCCUUGCUGGUAGGUGUUCCAGCUGGAAGCAACCCCUUCCGGGAGCCCAGAUCCUGUGCUUUAUUCUAAAGGCUGUAAGGAAGAAGUUCACUGAGGAAUGCUUUUAAGCGCAAAGUGAUGAAUAACUAACUGCCUCCAAGUCUCAAGAAAACACUUUUCUCCAGACAAAUGACUCUUAGAUAUUUCAGACCUUUCCUUGGCCAAGUCCUAUAGCCAAAAUUCUAUAGAAAUUGAUGAGUUUCUACUCAGAUAAGGAAACUGGGUGAGGGGGAAGACUUUAGAUAAUAAUGGUCAGACUCUUGGUAAAGUGCUUUUAUAUUAAACAAAAAUGUUACCACCAAAUACACCUCUUUCAUAAGCGAAUUACUGGUGUUUCUAUACCUGGAAUAUUAUGUUUGUUUUAUUUACUGGAUGUUUACAUUUUGGGAAGGCAAACAUUUUUGUUUGUUAAAAAAUUGAAUAUUUGUAAUUUGUUGUUCCUAAGAUUUUUAUACCAUAACAAAACUGUUCUUUUCUCCUGAAUUUACAGUUUCUAAAUGAAGACGAGCAAGUGUAAAACUGGGGGAAGAAUAGGCUUUAUUAAUAAAAUGAUGUCUUGAUUUUUCUAAAUGAGAAGAUUGCUUUAUUUUUAACACUAAACAUGGGAGCUGUUUCUUAGCAAACUUGUUUGGAAAGAUUCAUGUUGUGUUGUGUAUUAGAUUGCCCCAUCUUGUGUAUCUUCGAAGCAGAUUUGGUCUUUGUCUUAAGUUCCUCUACCUUAUAGUUGUGGUUGUACUUAAAAAACAAAAAAAUACACCAUUAUCUCAUGUCUUUAAAAAAAUGUUUAAAUAUGUUACUCAGAACAUUGCAAAUGAUUAAAAACAAAAUAAUGUGAAAAUAUUACGACCUAAAUAAAUUCUUAAUGUCACAAGUGUUUUACGUUGAUGAUGUGCCUUUGAUUUAAUUUGGGACACUUUUAAAAGGAUACUUUGUGUUUGUAAUAAUCUUUGAUGAGCUUGGAAAUAAAAUUUCUGCUUAAUUCAUCAUUUUCUAUGAUA